AUGGCGGAGGUCAUCAGUCUGCCGAAGGAAAGACCGGAGGACGCAGCUCUCGAGUCGAUCUCGAAGCCGAUGCCACAUCCAAAUCCCUUGCUUCGUGCGGGCCAUCUCGGCGGCUGGUUGCAAGCCGAGUCGGGUAACUUCAAAGGCUUUCUGUGCGAAAGAAAAUGUUGGUGGAAAGACUGCCAAGAGGCUGUCGAUCAGGUUGCCACGUCGGGGGAGCUCGGAGAGAAGGAGGAGGUGAUCGUGCGCACGAAGCGUGGUCCGGAUGGUUUUGGCGAUGUUAACAAAAUUGCCGACGAGAUCCUCGAGAAGGUGACACUUCCGAAGGACGUCAAGGAUGCCGUUCGCAACGACAUUUGCGAGCUUGGCACGAUCGUACCGCAGCUUUGCUCGUGGUGUGAUUGCUUGGUGGUGAAGCUGGAGCUGAUUGGAGAAAAAAACUGCAAGCGGUGGCACCGCGACUUCUGGUGCGCUCGCGCCAUCGUCACCUACAACUCAGCAGGCACUCUCUACACGGGGGACGAGAACGUGAACUUCUGGGAGCUGGAAAACAAGGGCACCAAUGAGCGCAUUAUCCGCGAGAACUCAGAGAUCCACUCUGCCGGCGUGGGGGACGUCCUUUUCAUCAAGGGUGUGAAGUAUCCGGAUCCUGUGAAAGGCUUGAUCCACAGGUCACCAGAAGCCCAGUACCACGACAGCGGUCUUGUGCGGAAUCGCCUCGUGCUCAAAGUCGAUGUGCCCGAACCCGAGGUCGAUGUUUAG